AUGCCAAUCCCAACACGAUCGCUAUCAGUUCGUGAGCCUCAGAAAAAACAAGCGGUCAACGGAGAUUCUACGCCGUUGUUUUCACCUACAAAACAAUCACAGUUACCACUCGGCAGUCGAAGCUCGGUGUCAAGACGAUUAACCACCAGCUCAGAGAUACUACAAUACGAAAGCAGUAGCGGGCUUGGGAUUACAUAUGGGAACGGGAGCGAAACUGGAAGCAGCAAUGACAUACCGGAGAAGAAGAGCUUUCUGCCUCAGAGGCGAACAAUUCCUAGACCGCAGAGCCUACAGCUGCCUCAAUCAACAGUACAAAGCGCAAGGUCAAGACAGCCAGGGGAGAGCCGCCUAGAAGCGAUUAAACCUACAAGAACUGCGCCGUUACUUCCUGAGAGCGCAAAAUCACGUCCAAGUUCCUCCAGAGCCAGGUCGCCCACAAAACCGGAACCCAAACGAGUACUUGCCAAACCUCCCAACUCCGCACCACCGGCGAGAUCAGUGCGCUCUUCGUCGCUGCUACAUCCAGCUGCACCAAAACUAGUCAAUCCCGCAUCACAUGCGAGACAUCGAAGCCAAAUAGUUAAUUUUGACUCGGUAAAAUCGAGGCCGCAGUCAAGCGGGAGGUUAAGCUCGCCGUACUUCUCUCCAGGAUCAAAGCUCGCAGGCACGCCAUCACCGACGUAUCAAGCGCGAUUCGGCCUUAAGAAGCCCUCUAAAACCAUUGCCAACUCACCAGAGACGGUCCUUGAGAACCCUUCGCCUUCACCUACGCCUCCCGAAGACCAGCUGUCGCCGGAACACACACUUGCGCUGCAAACCGAGCUUCUACAACUUCAUGUCCUGCAUUCACAGGGGCUUCGGACAAAGGCAAAAUGGGAAGCUCAUGCCGAGAGACAUUAUAGGAAGCUGCAUGAGUCGGUGAAGGCGAGUUACCGGCGGGAGCAGGAGAGACAUAAGUACCAGAAUCUCCAAGCUGUCAAGAAGUUUGAAGAGAAAUCAAGGAGUUCGGGUAGUGGACAUGACUUUAAUAUUCAGAUGGGGAUACUAUCACGAGUUAUCCAGGAAGUAACUCACCUUACAGAAUCAGAAGACAGUCAGUAUAAUACUGUCGUUGGAGUCUUUGAAGAAUGGACCCAACACGUUGCCAAACUCAAGCAGAAUCGGGAAUUGAAAGACAAUGGCGAAGUAAACAGAGAUAAGCUCCUGUCGAACAUUGACGAAGAUGGGGAGCUCCAAUUCAUCGAGCCCUUACCUCCGCAAUGGAAAGAUGACAUUGGGACGUUGUUAGUACAACUAUCUCAAUUGGCUGGUAACCUGGAUGAUCUGGAUAUACCCAAGACCGCUGAUACAGACAAGUUUGGCAGGCCAGUAGAUUACUCUGACUCCGCCCUCCUGAAGGCAGCUACCGGGCAUAAGUCCCUAGUAUCCUCUAUGAUCGAGGAGUUGGAUAUAAUCCACAAUAUUGAAAUGGAGAUUAUGGAAUUCGAAAUCUUGUGGAUGGAGCGCGCGCUGGAGAGCGUUGGAGGUACCAUUGAGUUAUGA